AUGAUGCAUGCAAUGAGCGAGCAUGCGGGGGUGGGUGUGUUGCCGUUCGACGGAAUGGGUCUGUACGAACAGCCGCGGCCACCCCGGCUCGUCUUCAAGAUGCCUCGCGUGGUGCCCGAUCAGAAAGCCAAGUUUGAGAGCGAUGAGCUGUUCAGAAGGUUGAGUCGCGAAAGCGAGGUGAGGUACACUGGUUAUAGAGAUCGGCCGAUCGAAGAACGUCAAGUACGUUUCCAAAAUGGCUGUCGAGAAGGCCACACAGAGAUUGCUUUUGCGGCAACGGGCACAAAUCUUCAGCUAGUUUUUGGCAACGCAUCUGGAAAUUACCCUGUCGAUCCUAACGACUGUGAUUUUGACAAGGAACACGGCAAGGUACACUUGCGCUCGCAUUUAAUCAUGAACGGUGUUUGCGUGAGGUGGCGAGGCUGGAUCGACCUGGAGCGACUGGACGGCGUCGGGUGCCUCGAGUACGACGAGGAACACGCCGCCGAAGAGGACGCGUUGCUACGCGAUCAGCUCGAGCGUUACAAUCAACGGCUGCGCGAUUUUGAGGAGAAGCAACGUACCUACCGGAGUGGUCCAGCGUCGGCCGCACAGCCGCCGCAUCUUAAUCAUCAUUAUCACCACGACACACACCAUGCGACCAGCCACCACCAUCAUCAUCAUGGUCACCAUAGCCGACACGUGGGCGGUGCAGGUGCCACCGGUGCCACCGCGACCGGAAUCGAGCCUCACUUGCCGCAUCGCCAGGAUCCCGAGAUGGAGGUGCGACUGCGGGCCUUCUGAGACUUGCGUAGACCUUCUG